AUGAAUGGAUUUAGGAAAUGUGGAAUAUGGCCACUUGACAGAAAUGUUUUUACAGAGGCUGAUUUUAUAGCGGCAGAAACAACAAACACAGAGACUUUGCCGUCUGAAAAUAUAAACCUGGAAUCAACAUCUCAGGAUCCUGCUUCAAACCUUUUAGAGGCAAUACAACCAGAAAUCUCUUUAUCGGAAGUAGCCCAAGUCAAUUCAGCACCAACAAAUAUUUCUGUUGAUCGUUCAGCUGCCGAACCAGUGAGCUCUGAGAUUUCACCUCAGCCUGCGACUUCUGGGCACUUAAUUAAGGAAAAGACUCCAGAGAGGCAAAUACAAUCAAAAAGUUCUUUUUCUGUGACGCCAGAAAAUAUAAUUGGUAUACCCAAGGAGGUAAGAACUCAAGAAAGAAAAACAAGAAAACGAGGCAAAACUGCUAUUCUUACGGCAUCUCCUUACAAAAACGAGCUCAUUAGAGAUAAAAAUAAGAAACAAGAAGUUAAUAACAAAAAGAAACCUGACAACAAAAAGGCUAAAAAGCAAAAUCCUGAAAAAAAUAAGGCGGGGAAAAAAAACAGCAAAAGACGCAAAAAAGAAAGUGACACGGACUCGUCUGAAGAUAAUGAAAAUGAUUGUCCUUGCUUAUACUGUGGGUAUUUAUAUUCACAAUCCACUGAAGGAUGGGUCAGUUGUGGCGUGUGCCAUGGCUGGGCCCAUAAUUCCUGCGCAGGAGUAGACGAUGACGACGAAGAGGCACAUAUAUGUGAACGUUGUCAACCAGAUUAA